AUUUCAGAGGUGUAAAAAUGAUAAAGAUGCAACAAUUUAUUGUCCUCAGCGUUAUACCGCCAUGUCCCACUGGAUGGAAACUGUUCGCAGUACAAUGACAUUCUUGCGAGGCAAGCUGCUCAAGCUGUUCUACUUCAAUGGCGACAGAAGGACGAUACCAACUUGCCCUGAUGAGCCGGUUAUUAGUUUUUCCCGGUACGUUGGCGUGGCAACGCAUACGCCAUCCGUCGGUGACUGUCGACGCACAGCCAGGUACAACUUGCCAUUUUUCGUCGAUCGAAUGGGGUGUAAGUACAUGGAAUGGACUACAGCUGUACAUGAGGCAGUUCCUGGCCAUCAUCUUCAAUCCGAGGGCUACAAGGCAAUAUUCCAGCCCCGGAUAGCACCUUGCCCAAGUAUAUUAAAACCAAGUCCAAUUAUGGCUUACAAGGAAGGCUGGGCGACUUACGCUGAACAUCCCCUCAUGAGCCUCGAUUCAGAUCUAUACACAGAGCAGCCAUUACGGUAUUACGGGGUUAUAAAAUCUCAAAUCUGGCGAGCACUACGCCUCGUCAUCGACACGGGUCUACAUUACAAGAACAUGUCACGUAAUGAGGCAUUGACCAUAUUUAGACAAUACAUGUGGGACAACAGCGACAUCGUACGGAAAGAAAUUUCUCGUUACCAAGCUUGGCCUGGUCAAGCGAAUUCGUACAUGAUUGGCCAGUUGGAGAUAUGGAGAAUGCGCAAUGAGUCCGAAGCAAGCCUUGGGUUAAAAUACGAUAUUCGGGAUUUUCAUUAUCACGUGCUCUCGCAAGGAAGUAUGCCCCUAUGGUUUCUCGAUGAGCACAUCAAAAAGUUUUAUGUUCGCUGUGUUUUGUCUGGAGCCUCAGAAGACGAUUCGGAAAGGUGUUUCGGCGAUUUCGAUAAAAGAGGAUUCUCUAGGUCCUUAUAA